AUGGCUUCCAUGGGACUACAGGUGCUGGGCAUUGCCCUCUCCGUCAUCGGCUGGCUUGGCACCAUCCUGUGCUGCGCGCUGCCCAUGUGGCGGGUGACGGCUUUCAUCGGCAACAACAUCGUGGUGGCCCAGAUCAUCUGGGAAGGGCUGUGGAUGAACUGCGUGGUGCAGAGCACGGGGCAGAUGCAGUGCAGGGUGUACGACUCCAUGCUGGCGCUGCCCCAGGACCUGCAGGCCGCCCGCGCCCUCGUGGUCAUUGCCAUCGUGCUGGCUGUGCUGGGCACUCUGCUCGCUAUCGCCGGAGGGAAGUGCACCAACUGCGUGGAGGACAACACUGCCAAGGUCAGGGUCAUGAUCAUCUCUGGAAUCAUCUUCAUCAUUGCUGGCAUCAUGAUCCUCAUCCCCGUCUCCUGGUCAGCCAACACCAUCAUCCGGGACUUCUACAACCCACUGGUCACAGAGUCCCAGAAGCGGGACCUGGGCUCUUCCCUCUAUGUUGGCUGGGCGGCCUCUGCCCUGCUCCUCGUUGGUGGGGGGAUCCUCUGCUGCACCUGCCCCCGACGGAGCGAGAAACCCUACUCUGCCAAGUACACGGCGUCUCGCUCAGUGCCAGCCAGCAACUACGUGUAG